CCUAGAAAUCAUAGUGAUUGAUCGAUGGGUGAUCUUCUUCUUCUCCGCGUUAUAGGAAUUGUCUUUGCUUUGUCGUCUCUCGUUUCAUCUGAGGAACUGUUGGUUGUGGGAGAAACCAAAGAGCUUCUAGUCACUCCUAGUUUAGUGGUUAAGGUUAAUGGUUCUUCUAGACUGAAGCAAGACUUAAUUACUCUCUGUGAGAGGAUACGUGUCCAUGGAUUUCCAAGGUUUAAACAUGUAGACAAGUAUGCACAUUCACUCAAGCUUAUGGUUCACGUGUCAACCGGUGGAAACACAAGUACUACACACGUUUGCUUCCACAGGGAUCCUUCUCUUGGAAUUGGGAUGUGCCCUGAUGAUCAAUGGGAGAAAGUCUCUAAUGGUUCAUGGUUUCAGACAAUGUCACUAUUCGACCACAAAAUCCUUGAUGUCAGAAUAUCUAGCUCAUCCAAGGUCACUAUGAAAGUGUCUACCGUAGAAGAAUGGUUUAUGAUUCGCAUAGUAUUCUUAAUACUUGGCACCGUUUUGCUGAGUUCUGCUAAUUCACUGAGCAGAUCAGUAGCAUUUUACUACACUUGUGUGUUGACUGUUGGUUCAUUCCUUGGUGUAUUGCUUAUCCUCUUUCAGGGACUGAAGCGCCUACCAACUGGACUGGGUUCUUCAGCAUUGUUCCUAUAUUCAUCUGUGGUUGGUUUGGGCGGUAUCUGUUUUCGCUACGUACCUGAUUUGUUUCAAAGUAUGCUUAUAUUGAUGGAAUUCGAUGAAGGAAUUCCUGGACAUGUGGCAUUUGUUCUAUGGUUGCAUCUACAUUCUGCUGGACUAUGGUUGGGACUUUUCACUGUCAAGAGAUUUGUUUUGGAUAAAGAUGGCUCAAUUGACGUUAGCACAUCAAACUUUGUAUCUUGGUCAGUCUGGACUUCAGCUGCUGUUUUGAUAUUUCAGAGUUCCAUGGAUCAUUUACUUGGUGGAGGAGCACUGAUAUCUAUAAUUGUUAUGACAUCGAUGUUAAAGAAGAGCACAAGAUUGAUGACUUUCCUAGGACGCGUACACGAGAUACUGCAAGGAAUUCUUGAUGCUGCAGGGCAAAUCGUUCCAGUGUCUAUCCGUGAAUACUGGCGAAAGUUGUGUGAAUUCACGGGAAAUUUUUCUUUUGAAAAUCCAACAGAAGGACGGUCGGAGGAGGGAGUACUUGUUUAUUACAGCAGGAGGGGUAGAGUCCAGAAAAGUGAAAACAAAAGUUCAGAUGUCGAUACAUGCGUAAUUAAAAUUAACUAAAAAACUAGAUUAGUUUACUAAUUUCUUAAUAUAUAGGUGCAAACACU